GGCACAGAGUGACUCAGGAGGGGGGGGAGGGGGUGUCAGUAAGUUACUUGUGGGCUGACCGUGUGCGUGGGGCCACGCAGGGCGGGAGAACUGUGCUUCCCCCCCCCCCCAGGAUGCUGUCGCAGGGCAGGCGGCUGCUGCAGCCGCUGUUCAGGGGCCGCCUGCUGCUGCUGACCAACACUGUGAGCUGCGGCACGCUGCUGGCGGCCGGCGAUGCCCUGCAGCAGUUCUGGCAGCUCCGCCGUGAGCCCCAGGCCCAGCAUCAGCUCGCACGCACAGGACGCAUGUUUGCCGUGGGCUGUAGCAUGGGUCCGGUAUUGCAUUUCUGGUACCUGUGGUUGGACAACGCCUUCCCGGCACGGGGGAUGAGGACGGUGCUGAAGAAAGUGCUCAUCGACCAGGUGGUGGUGUCACCCAUCCUGGGAGUGUGGUAUUUCCUGAGCAUGGGCACACUGGAGGGCCACAGCCUGGAGGAGAGCUGGCAGGAGCUGAAGGAGAAGUUCUGGGAGUUCUACAAGUACGACUGGUGCGUGUGGCCAGCGGCGCAGUUCUUCAAUUUCCAAUUUGUGCCCCCCAUGUACCGGGUGGCGUACGUCAACACGGUGACGCUGGGCUGGGACACCUACCUCUCCUACCUCAAGCACAGGCCCAACCAAACCCCCAGUGCCGAGAAGCAGCGCAGCGCUGGGAUGUGACGGGGCUGCUCCCAAGGACCCCAACAUUUUUGGGAGCUCCUGCCCACCGCUGUGACCUCACUGCAGGGCCUGGCAGCGAGCACUGGAGAGACAGCCACAGCCUGCGCACAUCCUGCUGAUUAGCUCAUCUGCUGAUGGCAAUUAGGGGGCUGGGGCUGUUGAAUCCGCUUGUGAAGAUGCUGCUUUCUGUAUAUCCCAGUGUGGGGAGCAGCGUUGGGCUUCAGUCCGUGUCCCCUGCUGCCACCCCCUCCCCACACACACGUUUCCAGGGGCCUUUUGCCUCUGGGUUUCAGCACUGUUGGUGGCUCUGGGAGUGGCUGCCACUGCAUCCACGGUGCUGAGGUGACAAAUCCCACCCUUGCCCCCCAGGCACCGAGCAGCACUCCUCCCAGCAUGGGACCUUAUUCUGUCCAGCCUCCAAAGCAUCCCCUAAUGCCCCAGUCGUGCCUCCCAGCCCCCUCAAGAGCGCAGCUCCUUCCUGCUAAAAUCGCCCGCUGGCACCUGGAAGAACUGAGAGCCCCUCCUGAUCAGCAUUGAUUUAUUUCUUCACAACAUUUCUUUAAUACAGUGAUUUUUAGGAAA